AUGGAUUCUAGCCAGAGAAGAUUAGCAAAAGAAUUGCAACAGCUCUCCGUAGAUCCUCCAGUUGGAGUACGGGUGAGGCCGGAUGCAACUUCUGAUCUCCGAUUAUGGAUUGUGCAUGUCGAAGGUGCUCCGAAUACUAUAUAUGCCGGUGAGAAAUUUAUGCUACAGUUUCGGUUUACGGAUCAGUAUCCUUUUAUAUCGCCAGAGGUGAUAUUCGUUGGUGACAAUAUCCCGAUCCAUCCGCAUGUUUAUUCGAAUGGACACAUAUGUCUGUCCAUCUUGGGAGAUGACUGGAGCCCUGCUUUGUCUGUCCAAUCCGUUUGCCUCUCUAUCCUUUCUAUGCUUUCUUCUUGCAAGGAAAAGAAGCGUCCACCAGACAAUGCGUUGUAUGUUAGCACCUGUAGCAAAAGUCCGAGUCGGACUGGAUGGUGGUUUCAUGGUGAGUGUUAG